CAGCCAUCCUCGUCCUCUGAUCACUCAGACUCAGUCCAGUCGCGCCAGCCAGUCAUUUUUUCAAGAUCAUCAGCUUCACCUCUUUUGACAACCAUGAGCACCUCUCCGACGGCAAGCGAAGCGUCAUCUGGAGAAGACACCACUCCAGUAAAUCCUACCAAGAAGCGCAGCAACAUGCCAGACUUUGACCCAUUCUCCGUGGCGCCCAUGUCUUUGGACAGCGCGGCCAAAAAAAAGCCUCGAGGCUCUCCCAAGAAGAAGAAGGUCAAGCCUGAAGCGGACGACGAAGGAUACGAAGAGGACGUCAAAGAUGAAGAUGGAAAGAACAAGCGCGGCGGUAAAGCCGAAGCGUGGACAGGCGCUCAGAAGAAGGCGCUCGUCAUGAGGAUGUGCGCAGCGGGCUUUCCCGCAGUAGAUUGGGACGAAGCUACCGCAGAAUGUGGCGGUCGAACCAAGACUCAGAUCAAGGCCUAUUGGAACAUGCGUCUCAAGCCGAAACUCGAGAAGGCCCUUGAGCCAACCUUCAAGAUUCGAGCAGCACAGCUAAAUCUGAGUCAUGUUCAGGCGUAUACUGCUAUGGUCAUGACCACGAACCUACCCUCUUCGAGCUUUGCUACCCGCUAUCACUCCUUGGAACUCAAAAUCUCACACCCUAAAAUGGAGCAUGGCUCAUCUCCGUCUGGAUCUCCUCCAACACCAACUAAACGGCAGUCAGAGGGUGUGCUCUCAGCGCUUGACUUUGAGUCCAAAGUUGUACUCGUCAAGACUUCAGAUCCAGCCGCUGACACCUCAUUUUGCGCGUCCAAGACUCCCAAGAAAGAGGCGAGGAGCUCUACGACUCAGCGCAGUCCGAUGAAAGUCAAGCCUGAACCUCGCGACGAUAAACGUUCUGAACUCGAGGAGCAGGGACAGAGCAGCAAGCGUGGCGGAGCAAGGACAGCUUGGAAGCCUUCGGAGAAAAAGGCACUCGUACUCGGCAUGUGCGAAGCCGGCAUGGCACACGUUGACUGGACGCGCAUGAGCGAGCAAUGCGGUGGAAGGAGCACUGUGCAGAUCAAGUCCUACUGGCGCAUGGUUCUGAAGACUCAGCUAGAAAAGGCUUUCACGAUCCUCGAGCGCGUUUCCACAAUUCUUGGGUAA